AUGUCUGAUUGCUGCCUGAAAGGGUUUCAGUGGGAUGCUGAGGUCAAGGGAAGAGAGACCACCCUUGCAGGUCUAAGUUGUUAUGUGACGGGCUCGGACUCUGAAGUGGGAAUUCUGGUGUUGCAUGAUGCGUUUGGUUGGACUUUCAAAAAUACUCGACUUCUGGCGGAUCAUUACGCGGAGGAGGUUGGCGCCACAGUCUACGUACCCGAUCUCUUUGGCGGCGAAGUCCUUCCACCGGAUAUCCUGCGGGAUAAGAGUCAGUGGCAUAAGAUCGAUCUACCCUCAUUCAUGCAGCGCAACUCGAAGCCUAUCCGAGAGCCUCAGAUCCUUGGAUGUGCCAAUGCCCUCCGCUCUCUGCACACGCGGACAGGAGCAAUAGGGUUUUGCUAUGGAGGAUGGGCAGUCUUUCGUUUGGGAGCGAAGGGUAACAAGCUCGUCGACUGUAUUUCUACUGCCCAUCCAUCUCGCUUAGAGAAGUCCGAGAUUGAAAACGUUGCGGUGCCAGUGCAGAUUUUGGCCCCUGAGUUUGACCCUAUGUUUACUGGAGAACUGAAACUUUUCAGUAAUCAAGAAAUUCCGAAGCUGGGAGUACCAUAUGACUACCAGUACUUUCCAGGCCUCGAGCACGGUUUUGCAUCUCGAGGUGACCCCAAAAACGCAGCGGAACGCAAGGGAAUGGAGAGAGCGAAGAAUGCCGCGGUCCUCUGGUUUCGACAGUGGUUGCAUGUAGCCUGA